AUGAAAAUUCAAACAUAUAUUCUCAUCUAUUUUAUUGCCAUUGUACAAUUGUAUUCAAACGUUGUCUUAGCUCAACGUAGUUUUGCUAAUCCUGCCGUUAGUGACCCAGCCCCAUGUGCUUGUGAUCUUCAACCGAAUACUUGUGAUCCAAAUUGUUGUUGUGACUCUAAUUGUGACAGUAGCGAUCUAAGUGUAUCACCAGUAUGUAAUUCAGCACGAACAACUUCUUCAUAUUCAUCUGCAGUGGACGAAAGUCUUCAAACAUGGAAUUGUUCGAAUAGUACUUCUGCUGCUCUCUAUGAUUAUUUUCCAUUUGUUUGUGUUCAGUUAAAGCUUACUGAAGUAAAUGGUAAAUAUUAUUCAACAGACAAUGUCUCGUUUAUAACCACAGCAACUGACGCAACAAAUUUACGUUUAAAUUUUGUUAGUGAAAAUCCAGAAUUAUUUCUAACAACAACAACAACAACAACAUCAGCAACACCUACCUUUAGCGGAAAGUAUAUUAUGAGUGCUCCUGUUUACCAAAAUACGACAGCAGUAUUUACAUUACCCGGAAAUUUAGGUGGUUCAAAGUGCCAGCAAAAUGUAAACGUUUUAUUUGGAGUUAAUCGUGAUGUUUCAUGCACAACAAUUACAAGUUCUCAACUUUGUUCUAGUAUUAAUAGUGUAACAUCAAUUUUAUCAGGCACUGGUUCAAGUUCGUCUGUAACCUUGUCUUCUUUCACAAGCACCUAUGUAUCAAACUCAAGUACUUCAACUAAUUCUACAGCAGAAUAUUAUUUUCAAAAUCAGUAUUCUUCAACUAUUGCUAAUAUACCAUAUACCAAUGGUACUAUUAAUGAUUAUUGUCUUGGUUAUUAUCCAUCGACACGAACACAACGUUAUCUUUUUGUUUGUGCUGCUUCUAAUUCGAACACAGCUUGUGUUAAUUCGCCUAGUUAUCAAACAUGGACUGGAUGUCCAUUAAGAGAUAAUUUAACAUAUAGUACGAUUCCGCCUACUUUCUUUACUGCUCGAGCUACAUCAAAAGAUAGCUCAACAGGUUUUUCUGAUUUUAGUAGUGCAACAACUACAACAUUACCACUUUCAUGCGCAUCCCUCAUUAUUCGACGAGUAUAUUAUCAAUUUAAUUAUUCAUCGAUUGAUAAUACUAUUCAAGCUGCUUCUGUACACGUCCAAUAUCAAAGUACUCUACUCGCAAGUCCACGAAUUACGAUUGAAUGGAUUGAUAUUAGUAACAGUACAUCAUCUACAGAUAUUCCUCGUGGUUAUCUUAAUGGAGAAGCUCUUAAAUUUUUACACAAUAAUGUCUCUUCAGAUGUGUCGGUUUUUGUUCCUACUUCGAGUGGUUUAUGUGUCGAUGCUACACGACAAAUUCUACAUUAUAAACAAAGUGUUUCAUCAUAUUGCUCUAUUCAAUUAAAAGAAAGUACUGUACAACAAUGUCAUGAUCUUAAACUUAAUAUGUAUCUCUAUUUAAAUAUAUUUUUUGCUCCGGCAUCCGAUGUUAUUACUUAUCCAAGUGGUACUACGACAGUUACAAUUCGGAAUGCUACUCAAGAUUCACUUGAUCUCGAUCGAAUCGAUAUAACACGUGCUAAUGAUCGAUUAGAUCCUGUUACUAUUGAGAAAACUUCAGUACAAUCCAAUCCUACAAUUUAUGAUACAACAGCAAAUCUUCCCGUUUGUUAUGAUGUUCCAUCUGGUAUUUAUAUAGAAUUUGGUUAUGUUCGUAUAACUGUUAAUUCAACAUUUUCCUAUGAACGAAUUAUUUCUGUUCAAUACAGUUAUGUCUAUUCAAAUUGGCAAUUUGAUUGUACUGCAGGUACUUGUGAUGGUACAUCAACACAAAAAUAUCUUGUAUCAUUUCAAUCAGCUUUUGUUGAUUAUACAAAUCGUGCAUUGACUUCAAGCGAUACAACAAGAGCGGAUAUAACUUCAGCUGAUAAUUAUAUUCAACAUUUACUUUGGCUUAUUACACCAGAAUAUAAAGGUGAACCUGGUUAUCGAAAUUAUACAAUUGCAAUGAUUCUCAUUUUUAUUGCAGUUUCUAUUAUCGUUAUACAUAUUUUACUUUUUGGAAUAAUGUUUCCAUUUUAA